AUGGCUACGUUUGGCAUCAAAUGCAACACAUGUCUCACCAAUCGAUCCAAACAUCUAUUUAUUAAUUGUUGGAAACAUUUCUCUUAUAAUCGACUCAACACUACAGCCAAAGAGGAAGAGAUGCCCAAAGAUAAGAGUCAUUUACUGCAGAAACUGCGGGACAAUCGCAUGAAGAGCGCCAAAAAGACUGCGAAGAAUACUUUGGCCUCAAAUGUGUUUCAAUUGUCUGUUGUGGGCAACGGAUCCAAAGGCAAUCCAAGAGCUCUGUAUGUGUGGACCGAUCGCAACAGUUAUCUAUUCAAUUGCGGUGAAGGCACACAACGCUUGGCUAAUGAACACAAGUUAGUGAUCACUGGACACCACAUGCACUUCAUACUCAAAUUAUCGAAACUGGAGAAUAUAUUCAUCACUCGGCGGUGCAUUGAAAACAUGAGUGGAAUCGUUGGUCUGGCGCUCACCUGUCAGGACAUCGGUGUCCCAAACAUUACACUCCACGGCCCGCAACACAUCGAUCGCCUCCUCAGUCUUUAUCACCACUUCUUGACGUUUUCGGGAAUGAAAAUACAAACCAAUAGUUAUAUUGAUUACCAUUUCGAGGACACAGAUCUCGCCAUCAGGUGUUUACCCAUUCAGGCAUCCGUUGCCGUCGAAGACAACUCGAAAAACACGUCAAAAGUUUCAAACGAAAUCUCAUUCAUAUAUAUCUGUAAACUAAAGGACAGACCGGGAGAGCUGUUGAUUAAGAAGUGCAUUGAACUCAAGGUACCUCCCGGGCCUCUGUUAGGAAAACUUAAAGCCGGUCAAGACAUUGUCUUAUCAGAUAAUCGAGUCAUUUGUUCCAAAGAUGUUAUGGGACCUGAAGACAAGGGACCCAUUUUUAUAGUACUCGAGUGUCCGUCCCUUCAAUACAUUGAUUCCUUACUUUCAAACGAAUCCAUUCUUCAAAGUCUAUCAAACGAGUCCUCGAAUUUGGUUUCAGUUGUCGUGCACUUCACGCCUUCGGAUGUGUUCACUGAUGAGAGAUACCAGCAAUGGAUGAAACGUUUGGGUGAUUCAGUCGAGCACUUGAUUGUAAACGAAGAUAAUCCUAAACAGAGUUAUGUUGGAUCUAAUCGACUCCAGAUUCAGCUCAAUCUUAUCGAUUCAUUCAUAUUUCCAUUACUUGAUUGUCUGCGAAAUGAAGACACACCACAAGCCUAUCAAUCAAAUAGUGUUAGAAAUACAAACACUUUAUCUAAAUAUCAUUUGAGGCCUUCCAAUGUCAAGGGAUAUGAUUCCGAGAAUAUUGUUGACAUCGAUGUCAACGCCUUUAAAGAAGAGGCCUUUUCUAACUCAGAGUUUAUGGAAAGUCUUAAGAAAUACCAUUCACUUGAAUCGCAACUCCAAUAUACAGCCCAAGAUUAUCCGGAAAUCAUAUUUUUAGGAACCGGUUCUGCAGUUCCGUCGAAAGUGCGGAAUACGAGUGCCAUUUGGCUUAACAUUGACUCCGAGACAUCGUUUCUAUUGGAUUGUGGCGAAGGAACCUUUGGACAGUUGUCCAGGUUUUAUGGCAAAGAAUGUGACUCUCGAUUAAAGCAACUGAAAGCCAUUUAUGUGAGUCAUCUUCACGCCGACCAUCACUUAGGGAUUCUUCAACUCUUGAAGAAGCGAUCACUUGUGACGGAUGAGCCAUUGUUAUUGAUAAUACCCCCGGCAGUCAUUAAUUGGCUCCAGAAUUACAACGAAUGUGUGGAACAGAUCUCACAUAUGUUUGAAAUUAUUGCUAUCAAAAAGUUUUUAACAGAAAGUGACGAUAAAGUGCUAAAGAGGUUGCGCUUAAAAGAAUUGAGGACUUGUUUAGUACCGCAUUGUUCUCACAGUUACGGCGUUUCGUUGACCACUAAAAGUGAACCCAAUUUCAAAGUCGUGUAUUCAGGCGAUACACAGCCGACCCCUAAUCUGACCAGAAUUGGCCUCAACUGCGACCUAUUGAUACACGAGGCGUCGAUGGAGGACCAGCUCGUGGAUGAGGCGCGGCUUAAGUUCCACAGCACCACCUCUGAGGCCAUAGAUGUGGGCAAAGACAUGAACGCAAAGUUCACUAUUUUAACUCAUUUUAGUCAAAGAUAUGCCAAAAUUCCUGUCUUUAAUGAGAACUUUAACGAUAGGGUUGGCAUUGCUUUCGACAAUAUGAGGGUUCGGAUGUCAGAUCUGAAUAAAUUGCCGAAAAUGAUUCCGACUCUCAAAUGCCUUUUCAACGAACAGAUCGAAGAACUUAAGGCCAGAAGCGCUCACACACUUCGCCGAAAGGAAGUCCUGUCUCAAUACCGCGACAAUAAAACAUAGCAUUCAAUAAAAUUUUCAUUUCAGUUAAUUUAAUUUACUUUUAUAUGUUGCCAUAGACUCUAUGGCAUAGAGUUAUGUGAAAUCUAUGCAAACAUUAGUUAAUAAAUAAAGUUAUUAUAAAUUGUGA